UCGAUAACAAUUUUCGAUAUUGAAAACAACUUAUGUUUAUUCUCUAAAACAUAAUUGCAGAAAUUGCAACUCAAUAGUAAAUAAACAGAUUCUAUCAACAAGGAGGCAUUAAAACAAAACAUUUUUCUUUUUGAAUGUAACCAUUAAAACAGAAAUGAAGCGUGUUAAGAAUAAACCUAGUGUAAUAUCACAGGGAAAAAAGAAUAAAGUUAGUUCUUCCACUGCAAUUGAUACAGAUAAUGAUUCAAUUUCACAAGUUACUACUAACGAAAAGUCAGAAUCAAAUAUUUCAACACAAUCUUUACAACAACGCCGUUUAGAUACAGCAUCAAGCAUUGCCGAAUUUAAUUUUAACAAAAAACGAGUCCGCGUACUUAGUUCCGUCGAGGAGGUGCCCGAAUCGCGAGGCGGUGGCGUUUUGUAUUGGAUGUCGCGUGAUGUACGUGUUCAGGACAAUUGGGCAUUUUUAUACAGUCAACGUUUGGCUCUAAAACUUAAAUUACCACUAUUAGUUACUUUUUGUCUUGUACCAAAAUUCUUAAAUGCCACAUUGCGCCAAUAUAAGUUUCUAUUGGGCGGUUUGAAGGAAGUGGAGCGCGAAUGCGGUGAACUGAGUAUACCUUUACAUUUAUGUUUAGGAUCGCCUCAAGAGUGUUUACCAGAGUUAGUGAAUAACUGGAAAAUCAGCGCACUGGUGUGUGACUUUACACCACUUCGUGUGCCACAGCGGUGGGUGGAAGAAGUAAAGGGAAAGCUAUCCACUGAAGUUCCUUUUAUACAAGUCGAUGCACACAAUGUGGUGCCAUUAUGGGCAGCUUCCGACAAGCAAGAAUAUGGUGCGCGCACUAUACGUGGGAAAAUUAAUUCGAAACUAGGGGAGUUUCUUACAGAAUUUCCACCAGUUAUAAAACAUCCAUACAACAAGAAAAUAAUUGAAAACCAUGAAGCAAUAGAUUGGAAUACAGCUGAGGCAUCGUUACAAUGCGAUCGGUCAGUAGAUGACGUCGAGUGGGCUCAGCCAGGCUAUACAGCGGCUUGCGCACAAUUGGAAGGCUUUUGUACAAAACGUUUGCGGAUUUUCAAUGAGAAACGAAAUGACCCAACCAUAAAUGCCUUAUCCGGACUUUCACCAUGGUUUCAUUUUGGUCAGAUAUCCGUUCAACGCUGUGUUCUCGAAGUUAUGCGAUUUAAAUCGAAAUAUAAAGCAUCUGUGGAAGCAUUUUGUGAAGAAGCUAUAGUACGGCGUGAAUUGGCGGAUAAUUUCUGUUAUUACAACGAACAUUACGAUAGUUUAAAAGGCUUACAUGCGUGGGCAGCUAAAACGUUGGAAGAUCAUCGAAAAGAUAAACGCACGCCUUCUUAUACAUUGGCUGAGUUUGAGCAGGCUCGAACACAUGAUGAUCUGUGGAACGCAGCGCAGAUACAGUUGUUGCGAGAAGGUAAAAUGCAUGGUUUUCUGCGUAUGUAUUGGGCAAAAAAGAUUUUGGAAUGGUCGGCUACACCUGAAGUUGCUCUAGAAACUGCAAUAUUUUUGAAUGAUAAAUAUAGUUUGGAUGGAAUAGAUCCAAACGGCUAUGUUGGAUGUAUGUGGUCAAUUGGCGGAGUGCAUGAUCAAGGAUGGGCUGAACGACCAAUUUUUGGUAAAGUGCGAUACAUGAAUUAUAAAGGAUGUCAGCGAAAAUUUGAUGUUACGGCAUUUGUGGCACGUUAUGGUGGCAAAGUCUAUAAGCUUAAGUAAACGUGGUUUUAUGUAAGCGUAUGAAAGAGGAGAAUCUCACUGGAUGAUUACCUUCAUACAUAACAAAGUACCUUCAUUGUAACUAAAGGAAUGGUUGUUACUAAGUUUAUUACAAACCAAAAAGAAAACAAAUGUAACGGAACGGUAUUUUUGUACUCUAAUUAAUAUUAUAUGCAGUGUUAUGUAUUGUACAAUUAAAAUAUAUUACUGUAAAUACAGGAUUCAGGAAAUAGAUAUGUGAUUGUAUAUUUCGUUAUAUUAGCCAAUCAAUAUAUGUGCACUGGAUAAUUCUGUACAUUACACUCUAUUAAAUAAUAUUAAUUGCACACUUACCGGAAGUAGUUUCGUCGAAUCAGCAUACAUUACAAAUUUUUGAUAAACGUUAGUCUCACCCAUGUAAAAACUUUUUGAGGAACUUGUUGUGUAUAAUUACAAGGCGAAAAAACAAUUAACCAAAACACUAAUUAGAUGAAAGAUACCGAGUUUAUAA